AUGGAGUAUACGUUAUUGUUGUAUUUGUUGAUACUCUUGGGUUCUCUGCAGCUUCACUUUCAGAGCCAUGGAAGUUCAGCUUGCUUGGAAGAAGAGAGGAUUGGGCUUCUGAAACUGAAAGAUUCCUUUAUUCAAGCAAAUGGGUCUGCUCUUUCUUCAUGGGGUGUUGAAGAUGGAGAUUGUUGCAGGUGGGUAAGGGUCAGCUGUGAUAAUAUCACAAAGCAAGUGGUAGAACUCUCCCUCAAUCGUACAAGACCACUGGGUUUGGGUUUCACAGAAGGUUGGAUCCUCAACGCCUCCCUGUUUCUUCCAUUCCAAGAACUACAGAGUCUAGACUUGUCAGGAAACCUCUUGAAAGAAGAUGAUAUGCUUUCAAGGCUUGGCACCAAAAGUCUAAAGGCAUGCCUGCAUCAUUUGAUGACUUGUCGAGAGAAAGUCAAGAAGCCAAGGUGCACCGCUGAAAGAGGUAAGGCUGCAGAGGAAUGGAAGCUCAAAGGGCAAAGGUUUGCCCAGAGACAAAGUGGGUAUGGGCUGCUGGAGUAUUUGUGUAUUGGUUUGGAACAGUUUGUGCCAAUACUGUACUCAUUGUCCUGUGUAAAAUCAGAGAUAACUACUUUGAGGAAUUUGGAGAGCUUGCACCUUGGUUAUAAUGAUAUGGCUGGUGAGAUUCCUCCCUCCAUUGGUGCUCUGACCUCUCUCAAGGCCUUAUCACUCACCAGCAAUAAACUAAAUGGCUCCUUACCUGUAGAAGGCUUUUGCAAAUUGAGGUGUCUGCAAGAGUUGGAUCUGAGCAUAAACAAUUUCGAAGGGAAUCUUCCGUCAUGUCUCAGCAAUUUGACCUCUCUUCGACUUCUUAAACUUUCUGAGAAUAGCUUCGGAGGAACCAUUCCUCCCACUCUCUUUCCCAGUCUCAAGUCACUUGAAUACGUUUCCCUUUCUUACAACCAUUUUGAAGGUUCACUCUCAUUCAGUUCAUUUGCUAACCAUUCCAAACUUGAGGUCUUUGAACUCGACAGCCAUAACAACAAUUUGAAGGGCGAGCUUCCAUCUUUUAUAGGUUCUUCCCUCCCAAAUCUGCUCCUUUUGAACAUGUCUAACAAUGCUUUGCAAGGUAGGAUUCCCCCCUCCUUCGGAGAUAUGGGAAGGUUAGAUUUGUUGGACUUGUCGAAUAAUAAUUUGUCCGGGCAACUACCAGAGCAUUUGGUCAUGGGCUGUGUCUCAUUGAGAAUUUUGAAGCUAUCCAACAAUAAUUUGCAUGGCCAAUUACUUCCAAAAAGAUCUAAUCUCACAAGACUAUUUUAUCUAUUUUUGGGCAACAAUCACUUCUCAGGAGAAAUCUCGGGUGGACUUCUGAACAGCUCCUACCUGCAAUUGUUGGAUUCAAGCAGUAACUUACUCUCAGGCAAAAUUCCUGAUUGGAUUGGAAACUUUAAGUUUUUAUCUUCUAUUAUUCUGUCCAAAAAUUCAUUGGAGGGCUCUAUACCAAUGAGCUUCUGCAAACUUAAACGACUACGCUUCUUGGAUCUUUCUUCGAACAACUUCAUUCAUAGCAUGCCUUCCUGUGUAAAUCUGUCAUCUCUGAGAUAUCUACAUUUGCAAGGCAACACAUUAACUGGACCCUUACCAAAUGUUCUAUCUACGGCUUCCUCCCUGGUGACAUUAGAUUUGAGGGAUAACAAAUUUUCAGGAAGAAUUCCAAGUUGGAUCAGCUUACUCUCAAAUUUGAGAGUUCUUCUUUUGAAAGGAAAUGAUCUUGAAGGUUCUAUACCUUUUGAACUAUGUCAGCUUAUUAUUCUCAGCAUAGUAGAUCUUUCUCACAACAAUCUUUCUGGGUCAAUACCCUACUGCUUGCCUAGCAUACCAUUUGGGAUGAAAAUAAAUUUUGAUGACACAUUUCGUACUGGUCAAUACGGGAGGGUAUCAUAUGAAUCCUACACAAGGUAUUCAUAUCGAAGUCAGCUCGAGGUGGGCCAAUAUAUUGUUGAUGGCUAUUCCACAUCAGAUGAGGUAGAAGAAGUGGAGUUUAUAACAAAGAGCAGGGCUGAAUCAUACAGAGGAAACAUUUUGUACUUCAUGUCGGGGAUCGAUCUCUCCUGGAAUAAAUUGACUGGUCCAAUUCCACCUGAAAUUGGACACCUGAGUGGCAUUCAUACUCUGAACCUGUCACACAACUGUUUAAAUGGAUCAAUUCCGGAAACAUUUUCACUUCUGAAACAAGUACAGAGCCUGGACCUAUCCCACAACAGAUUGAGUGGCCAAAUUCCCUCACAGUUGGUAGAGUUGAACUUUUUAUCAGUCUUCACUGUGGCUUGCAACAAUUUAUCAGGUAGGACACCAGACAUGAAAGCACAGUUUGCUACAUUUGAAGAAAGCAGCUAUGAGGGCAACCCUAUUCUUUGUGGACUGCCACUGCAGAGAAGUUGCACCACCAGCAGAAUAUCGCCAUCAGCACCACCACCUUCAAGAUCAGUACACUCUGACUUUUUGCAAGCUGAAUUUUGGUGGGGUUUUGGGCAAUCAUAUGUUUUGGCAUUGUUAGGCUAUAUAGCUUUUCUCUACUUGAGUCCAUACCAUCAAAGACGGCUGUUUGGAUUCGUCGAAGCACGAGUAGUAUCUUAUCGCUGAUUGAUUGAUUAUUUUCUGCCAUUUACAAAUCAAUGUCAAUAAGAAUCAAGUUGAUUGAAAAAGAAUUGAAAGCUACGCAGAUGAAGCUAAUAUCUUCCUCUUUUGUGUUGCUCUUGUAAUUACAAGUUGUGUGACUCCCAAUGAUCAAAAUUUUCGUUUCGGUGUAUUGUACUCAUAGUAGAU